AUGGAUUCCUUGCCGGAAGAUUGUGUUUCAAAAAUCCUGUCGCACACAUCUCCACCCGACGCAUGUAGAUUCUCAAUGGUGUCUUGUGUCAUGCGUUCAGCCGCUGACUCUGACCUCCUCUGGCGAACUUUCUUCCCUUCUGAUUACCCUCACAUUCUCUCUCGGGCUCUCUCUCCCCACACCCUCGAUUCCUCUUCUUACAAACACCUCUUCUUUUCUCUUUGCCAUCCACUUCUCAUAGAUGAUGGCAACAUGAGCUUCAAAUUAGACAAGUCUUCCGGUAAAAAAUCUUACAUCCUAUCCGCAAGACAAUUGUCAAUAACGUGGAGCACUGACCCCUUGUACUGGUCCUGGAGAUCCACCCCCGAAUCAAGGUUCAAAGAGGUGGCGGAGCUGAGAAUGGUGAGCUGGUUAGAGAUUCGAGGGAAGAUUUGGACGAGGAUUCUAACACCGAACACGUGGUAUGAGGUUCAUCUGAUAAUGAAAAUUUCGCAUCGCGAGUACGGGCUUGAUUGUGUGGCGUGUGAGGUAUGUGUUGCAGUGGGGAACAAAGUGGCAGUGCAGAGUGGGAGGGUUUAUCUGUGCAGGAAAGAUGAGAAGAAGGUUACGAAGGAGAGGGUGUUGAACAUGGAAGAGGAGGUGAUUGGAGUUGCAGCAAAAAGAGAAGAUGGGUGGAUGGAAAUUAAGGUGGGUGAGUUCUUCAGUGGCCACCAGGAUGAAGAAGUUAGGAUGAGUUUGAUGGAGGUGGGUUAUCAAUUGAAGGGUGGACUUAUCCUUGAAGGCAUUGAAGUAAGACCCAAACAACCUUCUUAA